AUGACUUGUUCUAGUGAAAACGUAGCUAAAGCGGUUGGAGGCAAAACCGCUAGAGCUUGUGACAGUUGCAUAACAAAGAGAGCACGUUGGUACUGUGCUGCAGAUGAUGCUUUUCUCUGUCAAGGUUGUGACUCUUCGGUUCAUUCUGCUAAUUCGUUGGCUAGAAGACAUGAAAGAGUUAGAUUGAAAACGGCUUCCUAUAAAUCUGCCAGCGAUAAGAAUGGAUCCAUUAAUUCCGGUCCGUUUUCUGGCUUUACCAAGAAAGCUAGAACACCGAGACAAGGGAAACAGAAGAGUAAUGGUAAUGUUAAUGCUAAUGAUAAUGUUAAUGUUAAUAACCUGUUUCAUCUUGUGCCAGAAUUGGGAUUUGAUGAAGUUCAUUCGGGUUCGAAUGAAGAGAACGAGGAGCAGUUGCUUUAUAGGGUACCGAUUUUCGAUCCUUUUGUUGCUGAAUUAUGUACUAGUUCUCGUUCAAUUGGUACAACUGAAGGAGAACUAGGAGGUGUAACGGGUGUUUCUGCUUUCGCUUCUGAUAGGAGCGAAAGCAGAGCUCAAUUGGGUGGUGAUAGUAAUUAUGAGAUGGGGCUGCUUCCAUCUGAUAUUGAAUUAGCUGAAUUUGCAGCUGAUGUUGAGAGUUUAUUGGGCAGGGGAUUAGAAAACGAGUGUAUGGGGAUUGAAGAGCUCGGAUUGGUUGAUGCAAAAAAUGAGGAUGAGGAAUGGGAGUGUAGUGGGAAAGUGAAGGAAGAAGGUGAAGAGGUUCAUGAAGUUGUUGAGGGAGAUAAUAAUAUAAUGGAUAUGGGAAAAGAAGGUUCGUUUGAGAUGAAUUUUGAUUAUGAAACAUGUGAAGAGGUGAAGGAGAAGGUUGGUUUGGAUAUAGAACAAAAUGAAAAUAGUAAUGAAGGGAAAAGGAAAAUAUCUUUGCAGUUAGAUUAUGAUGCAGUAAUCAUUGCAUGGGAUGGACAAAAAUGUCCAUGGACUAAUGGUGAUAAGCCUAAUUUGGAUGUUGAUGAGACCUGGACUGAUUGGAUGGGAAUUUGUGGCGCGGAGGUUCAAUAUCCUUAUGGUGAAUUCGGCGGAUAUGGUUGUAAUCCACUAAUGAUGGAUAGAGGUAGAGAGGCUAGGGUUUCAAGAUAUAGAGAAAAGAGGAGAACAAGGUUGUUUUCGAAGAAAAUAAGGUACGAGGUUAGGAAAUUGAAUGCUGAGAAGAGACCAAGAAUGAAAGGGAGGUUUGUGAAGAGGACCUCGUUUGCAGUUCCAACAUUUCCUUUGCUAAAAUAA